UUACAAACAUUUUGCGUCCUCGAAGAUCAUCUCUUUCGUCGUCGAGAAUAAUCAAACGUGGAAAUACGCCGCCUAGGACAUAACCUAUCGGACACCUUUGGAUUACGAUUAAAUUACAAUCGUCUAAAGUUGUAUUUUUUCAACGAAAAACAAUGAGAAUAAUUUUUACAUCGGAGUCCGAAACAGAUUCGGAAUUGAUGGAGGAGAAUGGAAGUAAGAGAAUGAGGGGUAGAACUCGUGGCAGGGCUCGCGGACGUGCUCGGGGCCGAGCUAGAGGAAGAACGAAGAAGCAAGUUAAGGUUAUCGAAAGUGAUGACGAAGAUACUCCGCAGCAAACAGAAGACUCUACCGCAGAGGCAAUUGGUGGCGAGCAGGAGGAACAUGAAGCUCCCACGUCUCAGCAGCCUUCUCUUGAACAGCAAUUUGAUUUGGAAGCUGAUAUAUCGCAGUUGGAAGCGCCAACUUUUACAACCAUUAAUCGGGGUCCGCCAGAGCCAAUGUUGCGUUUGAGAUGGGAUCACAGAGUGAAUCUUAUUGGAGAGAAAGUACUGAAUCCUAUGAUACACUGCUGUGACAAAUGUUUAAAACCCAUUCUCAUUUAUGGUCGUAUGAUACCUUGCAAACAUGUAUUUUGUCUCUCUUGUGCUAAAAGAGAGGAUAAAGUCUGUCCUCGUUGUAUGGAAAAGGUAUCCAGAGUAGAGCAAACUGGUCUGGGUACAGUAUUUAUGUGCACACAUGGUGGAACAAGAUAUGGGAAUGCGGGCUGUCGAAGAACAUAUCUUAGCCAACGGGAUCUGCAGGCUCACAUUAAUCAUCGGCAUAUAUCAGCACCACCUCAACCAGUUCAAGGGAUGCAAGUCGAUCCUCCGCAGUACGUUCAUGCCAAGUCGGAGAUGGAGUCGCAGUUGACGAAGGUGUCUUCCCUGUCGAUGCAGAACACACGACUGAAAUCUGUGCAGUCUCACAUGGUUCAGCCGAUCAUGGGCAACGAUCCCCGUGUAAAUUCAAUGGUGAGCCAGCAACCAACGUUGGAGCAGCAUCGGCAACAACACAGGCAGCAGCAGCAGCAGCAGCAACAGCAGCAGCAGCAGCAGCAGCAGCAGCAGCAGGCGAUGAUGUCGAUGCAGAGUUACGCUCAGACGUCCGCGCCACCUCCGCCGCCGCCGAAUAACGCUCCGAUGCGGACUAAUCUCAUCACCGUGCCGAUUCAAGACACGGCAUCUUUGGCCACGCACGAGCUCCACGUGCAACAGAGUCAUCAUUAUUACCCGCCGCCGCCGCCGCCGCCGCAAGUCAACUAUGGUGGCUACAACGUGCCGCCGCCGGUGUCGCAGACGACGCAACAGUACUAUCCGCAGCCGCAGCAUCCAACUCAGGUGUCGUACGUGCCACCGCCACCGCCACCGCAGCAGCAACAGUACGUGUCAUCGGCACCGACCUCCAUAAGACCAUCGCCCACUGGUUACAUACAGGAGCCUCAAUAUGGUCCGCCGCCAUCUCAGCAACAGCCGCCACCGCCACCGCAGCCACAAUGGUCGCAGCAUCAACAGCAGUUUUAUAGGUAAAAAAAGAAGACUGCUCUUCUCUAUGAGAUGUGUAAUAUUGAGAUAAUAAUGAGAGAUAUGGAUAUCAAAUUAUAAAAAAAUGACAAAUACUAUACAGAUCAAGAUAUAUAUAUAGAUACAUAAUCUAUAUACGUGUAUAUUGAAUGGCUACUGGGCUGUCGAGAUUUUAUACUUUUUAAAUAAUUAUAGUUUAAAGCGAUUGGAGCGAUUAUAUGUCACAUGUUCUAAAGUACGAUAUAUUAUUUUAAUGUAAUAAAAUAAUUUUUUUUUUUUUUAUUUAAUUACUGGAUAUUUAUGAAAUAUUUUA